AUGCCUCAUUAUGAUUCUGAUGAGGAUUUCAUGGAUGGCAGUGCCACCAGCCAUGCAAAUCCCCUUGACAAUUGGGAAUCAUUUGAUGAUUGUCACGUUACGCCGUUAUCUGAAAAAUUAAAUAAUCAAAAGAUUUCUGAGGAAGCGGAUAUAAUCACAACUCGCGAUUUGUUCAGUGGGCAUACCAAGCCAUUGGAAACUAAGAAGUCUGAAAUUUCUGUUUUCAAAAAAAUAGUUGUAUCUGAUCCUUAUGAGACAAUAAAAUUGAAUACACUAAAGGACUGUGAAACGGUGGCUAGAAAGUUGUCUGAAAAAAUUGUUAAAAGCCCCGCAAAAGGCGCAGUAUGGGUCCAUUUUAUAGACAUUUUGUUGCAAAGUUGCCAGUCAAAAAUGGAAUAUAAGGAAUUGAUUACUUUGAAAAAAAAAGUGGAGGCUUUAGUGAAAACUAAAGAAGAUUUGAAGCGUGAUUUGGAAUAUUCGAAAAAAAAACCAAACGCGGCAAAUUUCAGAAGCUACAAGGAUGAGCUGGAUAUGAUGUAUGGAGAUCUUACAGAUGAGGAUGACUAUUAA